AUGGUCGCGCACCUCAGCUCUGCACAACAGCGGCUACAGGUGGACCAGGCGCCUCGAAGGGCUGCAGCGGCGGCCAAGAAGCCGCAGCUGUCCAAGGCGGCAGCACCCGCGAGGGGCGUUGUGAAGACCGUCGCAAAGCAGUCCAAGCUCCGGAAGGGCCAGGAGUUCAUCUCCAAGCGCCGUCGCCUUGCCCAGGCGGCUCCGCGGAUGGAGGACCUCGAAGAACUCCAGGCCAACCUGGCGGAACACUACUCCAACAUGACCAACUUCAUCCGGACCCGCGCCGACCCGACUCUAUUCUACCUGCCGGCGAAGCACAACCCGGAGACGGAGAGGUGCUUGCAGGAGACCCGGGACACUAUUCAGCAGAAGGUCCGUCUUCUACCCAAGCAUCUCGGCACCUCCACCCUGGCGGUGGAUGCUGAGGAGGCUGAAGAGGAAGAGGAGGGCCUGCAGGGAGGGGAGGAGGACGAGGAAGAAGAGCCCGAGGAGGUCGAGGAGGAGCCGAAGAAGCUGCGCGCAGAGACGAACGGGGAGGAAAAACCGGCUCUUGCACCCCGCCGCCGCGCAGCUCUGACACCGGCGAAAGCUGCGUGA